CCGACAAUUUUCGGUGGGCAAAAAGGGACCGCCUGAUCCUAGAGUACGCCACCUCUAUGGAAAGGGGAAAACUGUAAAGUAAAAAAAAUGGGUUGGAAAGAAAUUGGGAACUAAAAUUAAAAACAAAUAGCAGCAUAUGGGGAAGGGACACAAGGUAGUGGGCGAGGACAAUAAGCUGGUAGACAAGAGGGUGUACAUGGUGAACAUGGCGAUACACAUGGUGAUAGACAAAGUGGAGGGCAUGAUGGUAGACACGGAGGUGGACAAAGUGGCGGGCAAGGUGGUGGACAUGGUGGAGGACAUGGUGGAGGGCAUGGUGGAGGGCAUCGCGGACGGAAUCUUGGUGGGGGUGGUGGUGGGCAUAAUGGUAGAAUUGGUGGGCAGGGUGGUGGAACAGGUGGAGGGCAUAGUGGUGGGCAUGGUGGUAGGCAUCGUGGUGGACAGGGUGGUGGACAGGGUAGUGGGCAAGGUGGUGGACAUAUUUGUAGACAUGGUGGACAGGGUGGAGGACAAGGUGGACAUGGUGGUGGGCAAAGGGGUAGGCACCGUGGUGUGCACGGUGGUGGACACGGCGGUGGGCAUGGUGGACAGCAAGGUGGUGGGCAUGGUGGACAACAGGGUGGUGGGCAUGGUGGACAACAGGGUGGUGGGCAUGGUGGACAACAGGGCGGUGGGCAUGGUGGACAACAGGGUGGUGGACAUGAUAUUAUGCACGGUGGUGGGCACGGUGGUGCACAUGGUGGCGGACAAGGUGGUGGACAGCAUGGUAAGCACGGUGAACAGCAUGGUACGCACGGUGAGCAUGGUGGGCACGGUGAGCAUGGUGGGCAUGGUGAGCAUGGUGGGCAUGGUGAGCAUGGUGAGCAUGGCAGGCAUGGCAGGCAUGGUGAGCAUGGCGGGCAUGGUGAACAUGGCGGGCAUGGAGAACAUGGCGGACAUGGAGAACAUGGCGGACAUGGAGAACAUGGCGGGCAUGGAGAACAUGGCGGACAUGGAGAACAUGGCGGACAUGGCGAACAUGGCGGGCAUGGUGGUGGACACGGUGGUGGGCAAGGAGAGCAAAUAUUAUAAGUUGUACAAGGUGACAUACAACAAGGUUCGCCACAAGGAGGGCUACAAACUACUCUUUGCUCAUUCGGGCAGCACGGAUUUUUAUUCUUAUUGCAAGUCAUUGUGCAAUAUGUAGCUAAAGCAUCUUUUCUAGCUUGAUCGGCACAGAAGAAUUUUCGUAAAGCAGAUUCCACAUCAUCUAAUUCCAUUAAUUUCAUUAACG